AUGGCUGCGCCGGCCGCUGGCUUUGACCCCGCCCAUCUGCCCGACGCCUCGAUGACGCCGCCGCCGCCUCUGGAGCGACGUCCCUCCCCUGGAGCGUCCCCGGAGGACGUCCCUCCCCUGGAGCGUCCCCGGGAGGACGUCCCUCCCCUGGAGCGUCCCCGGGUGGACGUCCCUCCCCUGGAGCGUCCCCGGGUGGACGUCCCUCCCCUGGAGCGUCCCCGGGAGGACGUCCCUCCCCUGGAGCGUCCCCGGGUGGACGUCCCUCCCCUGGAGCGUCCCCGGGUGGACGUCCCUCCCCUGGAGCGUCCCCGGGUGGACGUCCCACCUCUGGAGCGCACGUGGCAGGACGUCCCUCCCCUGGAGCGUCCCCGGGAGGACGUCCCUCCCCUGGAGCGUCCCCGGGUGGACGUCCCUCCCCUGGAGCGUCCCCGGGAGGACGUCCCUCCCCUGGAGCGUCCCCGGGUGGACGUCCCUCCCCUGGAGCGUCCCCGGGUGGACGUCCCUCCUCUCCUCACACAGGCCAGUCCUGUCAGGUCGUACGUCAGGGACACGCCACCCCCCCUCAAGCACAAAGACGACGGGUCGUUCCGUGCCAACGGCGCCACUCGGGCUCUCGCCCGGCGACCUGCGUCCUCGUCCCAAACCUUCCGUUGA